CGUUUAGGCUUACGUACGUGCCAACUGAAAUUUUCAAUAACAAUUAAUUUAUAAUUUUCUAUGUAUAUUACUGUAAUAUAACAUUAGUUUGAAACAAAUUAUUUGUAUUGUAAUGAAAAUGUUAAGGAGGGCCAAGGAUGUUUGAGUAACCAUUAUCACAAGGCCUGAUUUUUAAACCAAGCUACAAACAUUGUGUUAUAACCAACAUGUAUUCAACAGUUAGAUUGUAUAAUUGAGCUUUCAGAAGUUGCUUUAUGAUACAAAUCCAAAACCAAGCACAUUUUUCUCUCUGAUCUAACCUCCUACUUGCAUUCUGAUGGAAAAACUCUCUGUUGGUCCAAGAGUGGUCCGAGCACCUGCGUUAAGACGAGGAAGAGAGAUAACUCCACUGUCGGAAAGGGCCAAAUUAGAACGAGUGUUAGGUUUAACUGUCUCCAGUAACGCGGCUCUUGACUGUGAUCCUCAACAAAAUGUCGUGGCGUACCCUGCUGGUUGUGUGGUGGUUCUCUAUAAUGUUCGCAAGAACAGACAAAAUCACAUUCUCAGUUCUUCCAAAAAAACCAUUACCUCGCUGGCUUUUUCUUGGGAUGGAAGGUACCUGGCAACAGGAGAGUGUGGACAUCAACCUCAUCUCAGAGUUUGGGACAUACAGGAUUGUUCACAGAUUGCAGAGUUCCCUGGACAUAAAUUUGGAAUCAACUGUGUGGCUUUUUCCCCUAACCUGAAGUACGUAGUGUCUGUAGGCUCCCAACAUGACAUGAUAGUUAAUGUUUGGGAUUGGAAAAACAAUAUUAAAGUGGCUUCCAAUAAAGUUUCUUGUAAGGUGAAAGCCUUGUCAUUUUCUGCUGGUGGUACCUACUUUGUUACUGUGGGGAAUCGACAUGUAAAGUUUUGGUAUCUAGAGUAUUCUCGCUCAACAAAGUACAAAUUGGAACCUGUCCCUCUAAUGGGGCGGUCAGCAAUCUUAGGUGAUCAAAGAAACAACUACUUUUGUGAUGUAGCAUGUGGUCGAGGAGAGAUGGCAGACAGUACUUAUGCUAUUACUAAGUCAGGACUUCUGUGUGUUUUUAACAGUCGUCGUUUGUUGGAAAAGUGGGUGGAGCUAAAGACUAUCAGUGCCAAUAGUAUAUGUGUAGCUGAGGACUACAUUUUCAUUGGUUGUGCAGAAGGGAUUGUCAGGUGUUUUAGUCCUUUCAGCCUUCAGUAUAUUUCUACAUUGCCCAAACCACACUACUUAGGUGUUGAUGUUGCCAAGGGAGUCAUAGGAAGUCGUAUAAGCUCUCACCCAACCGGUGCCAAGUAUCCUGAUACAGUAGCCAUAACUUUUGAUGAAACAUGUCGAAAGGUGACUUGUAUAUAUAACGACCACAGCUUGUAUAUCUGGGAUGUAAAAGAUAUGAAAAAAGUAGGAAAAUCUCACUCAUCGAUGUACCACAGUGCUUGUAUCUGGGGGGUUGAGACAUAUCCAGAAAUAUCAGACAAACAAAGAUCAGUGGUGCCACCUGGAACAUUCCUGACUUGCUCUAGUGAUGACACGAUCAGAGUGUGGAACAUGACACCAAAUCUAAAUCACAAUUCCAACUUUCAAAAAAAUAUUUAUAGCUCUGACCUUUUGAAGGUUUUAUACACGGAUCCAGAGCUUACUUACUUAUGUGAUGUGGAUUUUAAUCCAGCUGGAAGUAAUGACAAAGUGGAUACAACUUAUGAUGGUAAAAAUGGGGUCCGAUGUCUCCGUAUUAGUCACGAUGGUCGUCAUUUGGCAUCGGGUGAUCGUUCAGGAAAUGUGAGAAUCUGUGACCUUCACACAAUGGAAGUGUUGUAUAAAAUAGAGGCUCAUGAUUCUGAAGUGCUGUGUUUAGAAUAUUCCAAGCCUAUUAAUGGGAGAAGAUAUUUGGCAUCUGCUAGUAGAGACAGGUUGAUUCAUGUAUUUGAUGUUAAUCAAGAUUAUUCCUUUCAACAAACUUUGGACGACCACUCCUCUUCCAUCACUGCAGUCAGGUUUGUCCAAAGUACCAGUCAACUGCAGAUGAUCUCCUGUGGUGCAGAUAAAUCUAUUAUCUUUAGACGAGCACAGUUUAGUCCUCAGUUAUCUUUCAUGAGAGAACAUCAUGUGGUGGGUAGAACCACACUAUAUGACAUGGAAGUAGACAGUGCCCAGAGGCACAUAUUGACAGCAUGUCAAGAUCGCAACAUUCGUGUGUACAGUGUUAAUAACGUUAAAAAUACACGCAGCUUCCGUGGAUCCCAGGGAGAAGAUGGAACACUUAUCAAGCUUGUGUUAGACAGUACAGGGACUUAUUUAGCCACCAGCUGUACCAACAAGAGCCUAUACAUUUAUGACUACUACAGUGGAGAAUGUGUGGCAUCCAUGUUUGGACAUUCAGAACUUGUCACUGGACUUAAGUUCACCAAUGAUGGGAACCACUUAAUAUCUGUUUCAGGAGAUGGAUGUAUUUUUGUGUGGAAGCUUCCAGCUGAAGUAACACAGGCCAUGUUAUCUCGACAGACCCUCUCUGAUGCCAUUUCUCUUCCCAGUGUUUGGCAAGAUGGGAGGAGAAGUGCUGUUGCUAUUACUAAACCACUACAGACUCUGGAGAAAGAAGCUGAAAAAAUAGAGAUGAAUAACAAUAAUUUCUCACCAGAUGCACAAGAAAACAGUAGGGAAGAAAAGGAAGGAAACACCCCUGGUUAUCGGUUCAGCAUGGGACAGCUACCUUUCUGGGCCAAGAAACAGAUGUUUGAAAACCUCAGUGACAGCAACCGUAACGCAGAUCAACGAACACCCCCACUCGUCCAACCUAGAGGUCGCUGGGCACAAAGGUUGGAUGGGCAAGGAUUGAUUGUGAAGUCAUAUCUUAAUUCUGAUUCAGUUAUUCCUUUCCCAAAUAUUCCAAAUCAACAAGGAGAGCCAGAUUUAUCUAGUAUUCAAUUCAGGCAUCAAAAAGAAUCUCUUACUCAGCAGAAACAGCAGGAUAGUAAUUAUGAAGAAUUUGAAGUUUCUGAAGAAAGCAUGCAGGAAAUCCAAUCUGGCAACUACCAGAAACAGAUAAUAGGACGUACCACCUUGAGGCAAGGAAGAGAAAUCCAAAUCAUUUCACCAUCAGGGGCAAAGAAAGACCCAAGAAUACGUCACCCAACAGAUUCAAGUAGUGCCAGCAGUCUGAAACUUGAGGAUGUAGAGGCUGAGGAUGAGCGGUCUGACACAGAGAUCACUGAAGGUAGUGAGGCUGUGUACUACCUUCCCUCAGGAGACAACUCAGAGAUGGGAGAGAGGUCUUUUCAUAUCAAUACUACGACUGAAGAAGACCUACGAGAAAGUAGGAGGAAGCAACGAGGUUCUUCAAAACUAGAAAGACUUAGAGAUAUUCCUGUUACCUCAGAUUACAAUGAACUCAACAGUGAUGAUGAAGAUUCGGGAACUCCAGUUGACGAGAAUCGCUCCAUUCUUCACUCCUUAAGCUUUAGCACUGAAAAUCUGGAACGGCUUGGAAAGAGAGAAAAAUUCAUGAAGAGUAAUUAUGAAAGCCUGGAGAAGUGUCCCAUUGAUAGCCAGAUAAGAAAAGUAACAGACAAUAAUAUAGGGUACAUGCCUCGAUACAGUAUAUCAGCCAAGUUUCUGGCACGCUCAUUGCAAACAGCAUCAGUUCGACCAACGAGUUCAGAAACAGAAAAGGAAAAAGGCUCAGAUAAUCAGAAAGUAGAUAGUAAGCCAAAUAAAAGAGAGGAGCUGACAAGAGCUCUCAAUGAAGCCCGCAAAAAGUUAGAAACACUUGGUUGGAAAGGUGGUUUAAGCAAUAGUAAAAGCAUGGGAGAUCUUUAUAAUGUCACUGACAGUGAAACAACCGAAAAACCAAAAAUGGAAUCUUCUGUUGAAAACUCAAUCCGCAGGACUGCUUCAAUCACUGACUUAAGCACCCCAAGUUCAACACGUCGAAGACUUCUUCCUACUGCACCUACAUCGAAAUCCUUAGCAGGGUCCCAGUCCUCUACUGCUCCUCUAUGGGCUCAAGCUAAGACACAACCUGAUGACCAAACCUCAAGUGAGUUACUUUCACCUUGGAACAAUAUGUCUCGCAGCGCUAGUAUGAGCUCCCUUCAACCUAGAGAUGAUAAAGGACCUUCCUCUGGGUCAAUUCUUUUGAAAGUUCCAUCAGUUCACACUUUAGCCAAGGUGUCUGGAACCCCUCGUCGCACAGGUCUGGGAGCUUCUCCAUUGUCCAAAGCUCCAUCAACUUCAAGUGUGAGUGCCUUAGGAAGGUCUGGAACAAUUCUGUCUACACCACGAAGAUUGUCUCUUCGUAGCUUGGAACCUUUAAAACUUCCUCCUGAUUCUUCUUCAUCUGACAGUUCACCUACAGAGCCUCAGUCUUCUCACCCUGUUGGGAGAGUUGUCUCUAUGGGGCGAGAGAGGAGCCUCAGUACUGCAGAGUUUGGGAAAGGAAAAGGAUAUUCUAAUGACCCCAACAAGUUUUUACAUAACACACUCACCUCACGAAAACUUCAACCGUCUAAUGACCCCUCCAGGUCAAAGAGUGAAUUAGACCUUAGUCGACUGGGUAAAGACAGUGGUUAUGAUACCAGUAGUAGUACACAAGCAAAGGUUGAACCCAUGAUGUCUGUGUUGCCUAAGGUGAAUGACGAUGAUAAUGUAAAUAUUAACAACAUUUCUUCAGAAGAAAUGUCUUUACUGAGUGGGGAGAAAAGCUCAAUCACCCUACUUACCAAAGCAUCAUCAGUACCAUUAACUCAAGAGUUGUGUGUAAAGGUUGCAGAAGAGCUCAAGAGAGUCACGAGCUAUGCCAUUCAGAUAUUUCAAAGGGUAACAGUAGACACUGAACUGCCUGCAGCAGAAAAGUCUACUAUGACCACAACUUUAGCUCAAGGAGUUCUCCAGGCUCAACAAAACUUGCGACCAGCUGUUCCCCCAAUGCCCAUGUGGAAUCCUUCUGGUACAUCUUUGGAUACUACAAACCCAUUUGGAAAUGCUAAACGUAUGACCAUGAGUUCUUCCAAUUUAUUGUCAUCUGAUUUUGUACAGCAAUCUAUGGGGAAGAAAUUGGAUUCCACAAAUCAGCCUGAAAUGGUUAAUACCAUGGCCCUCUUACAGCAAUAUUCGGACAGACUUCUGAACUUAGUGGAGCAACGGAUUAAUAAAGGAAGUGGUCAGGAGAAAUCAGAUUAGUGAUUCAUAUAUAUAACAUAAGCUUUUUGUUUUCAUGCUGUCACCUGAAUUUGCUCUAGAAAAUUAAGCCUUCCAGUAGAUAAACUCCAAGUACCAUUAUAUGUGAUAAAUGAAACUUGAAAGUGAAUCAAGUUGUACACAGUUUCCUUUUAAAUGCAUUAAAACAAAUGUACAGUGAAAGGGAAAACAUCCACACCUUUUAAAUUCCUCCUUAUUGUAGGAUUUUGAGUGUGCUGUUUUCAAUAUUCUCUUAGUACAUUUUAAAAAUGUACCUAAUAAACUGAGACUAAUUUUCUGAUAAUCUAGUUCAGAAAUGGUAAAAAAUCAAGAUAUAUUUUAUCUUAGUGUUAUCAUAAGCAUAUUUGGAGUUGUAAAUGGCCUUCCAUGAUUUGGAAAAUUUUGAAAUGAUUGAAUGAUUUCUGUACAAAAAAGAAAAUUUACAUAUUUUGUGGUGUUAACUUUUUUUAAAUAAUGUCUUGAGUGAUAAAACAUAAUGCUACAUAGUGGUCAUAUGUAGUUUUGAUAGUGUUGAUAUAUCAAGUGUGAUAUUAAUUAGAAAUUUUAGGUAAUUUUGCUUUAAGGAGUUGUCCAUUCUUUCGUAUAAUAUAUAUAGUAAUGAUA